UCGAGGGGGGUGGGUGGGGGGUGCUGGGGGUGCCAGCUGACCCGCUGCUCCUUGUAGGAUGGCCCAGAAGUACUACGAGUACGUUAACUACAAGGAGGAGCAGGAGAAGGAGAGGCAGCGGAGGCCGCGGGAUGCCUGCAACACCUACAUCAUCGUCUUCCAGACUGUCUUCUACUCCUGCUUCCAUUUGAGCUUCGUCUGCGCUCAGAUGCCCAUGGUCUUCUUCCUCAACAACUACCUCUACCAACUCAACCACACGCUCUUCGCAGUGAAGCACUGCGGUGAGGCUGCAGGUGGGGCACAGGGCGGCACCGGGAGCCCCCCAGUUGGGAUUAACCAUGGCAUGUACCCCACUGGCAGGGACCCUGAGCCACGGCACGCUGCCUGGCUUCAACAAGACGGUGCUGCAGAGCCUUCCCCGCAGCGUCAGCCUCAUCAUCGUGGAGAGCGCGCUGAUGGCCGCCGCCUUCCUCGCCAUGCUGGUGGUGAGCGCCGGGGCGGGAGGGGACAGGGACGGGCUGGACGAUGGCAGGAGCUCACUGCAGGCGCUCCGCAGGUGCUGGUGCUGUGCGGCGCAGCGUACAGGCCCAUGGAGGAGAUUGACAUGCGCAGCAUCGGCUGGGGCAACAUUUUCCAGCUGCCCUUCAAGCACAUGCGGGACUAUCGCCUGCGGCACCUCUUCCCGUUGUUCAUCUACAGCGGCUUCGAGGUGCUCUUUGUCUGCACUGGAUUUUCCCUGGUAGGAUCUGUGAUGGGGUGGGAGGUGACAGAGCUGGGACAGGUGAUGCUAAGUCCCUGCUCACUGCAGAACUACGGCGUGUGCGCCCUGGGGCUGGAGAGGUUGGCGUAUCUCCUCAUGGCCUACGGCUUCUCUGCCUCGGCGUGCUCCAGCCUGGCCCUGUGCAUGCUGCACCUGAGCCGGCACAUCCCACUCCUGGCUGGAGCCAUCAUCCACGCUGUACUCCUGGUGAUACUCUUCUGCUGGGCACCGGAGCCCCGGUACCUGGCACAGGCGCCGCUGCUCUACAGCAUUGCCGUGUUCUGGGGCACAGGCAGUGCCCUCAACAAGACUGGAAUCAGCAUCCUCCUGGGGAUGUUGUACAAGAAAAAGGAGCGCCAAGACUUCAUCUUCACCAUCUACCACUGGUGGCAGGCGCUGGCCAUCUUCACCGUCUACCUGUGGUCAGGGCUGCCCAUGAAGGUAAAUCCCAGAUAUGCCCCAGCCCACUCUAAGACAUUCCAGGCUUUUUGGGGACACAGCCCCACGCCAAUCCCAAAAUUCCCUGUGCCGCAGGCCAAGCUGUCCAUCAUGCUGCUGACGCUGGUGGUGGCAGUGGGGACAUACCUGUGGAUGGAGCGGAAGGUGGGGCUGAACAUGGAAGUCCGGCUGCCCCGCAUCCCGCGCCCGCGCCAUAAAACACGGGGAUACCGCUACCUGGAGGACAACUCGGAUGAGACUGGCUCCGAUGGUGAUGGUGACGGGGACAAAGAGGAUAAUGACAGGCACCCAACUGAGGCCACCAGCGAGGAUGAGCUGCCAAAAGAGGAUGGGGAGCAGCUGGGAUAGGGACAGUCCGGCCUGGGCCCCAUCCUGCUUUUUGCACCUGAGGGGGAUUCCACAGCUCCCCCUGGGUGGGCCCAAAAUUCUGCAAAUCCCCUCAGGUCAGGCUUGCAGCCCCCCAAGCUAAGCCUAAAGCCCUCAGGCAGCCCAGAGCCCCCCCAGGUCUGCAGCCUCCAAAUUGACCUACAUCCCCCAAAUUGUGAUACAGAGAUCCCCAAAAUUGUGGUACAGCCCCUAAGGAGGCCCAUAGCCCCCCAAAUUAUGAUGCAGUUGCUCAGGUCAAACGUGCAGACCCCCAGGCCAGCCCCAGGCCCCCCACAUAUAAAUCCACAGCCCCUCAGACAAGGCUCACAUCCCCCCGGCACCCCCCCAAAAUUUGGCCAAAGCCCCCUCAGGUGAGGCCCAGACCCCUAAGCAGAUGCACAGACAUUCUAGCAAGGCCUGCAGCCCCCUAUAAUGUCCUGCAGACCCCCAGCCUUCCCAUACUAGCCCCAUCCAGACCCCGCAGGGCUACCCAGGGGCCCCCAGGCAGAUGGACACCCUCCCAAACUGGCCCACAGCCCUUCAGACCAGCCCCACACAGACCCUGCAGCCCCCCCAGGUUGUCCCGGAGCCCUGCUAGCUCAGCCUGCAGCUCCCUAGGCCAGCUCCGCAGACUUCCCAACCCCUCCCAUCCGCAUUUUCCUUCAAUAAACCCACUCCCUCCACCUCCU